ACCUUCCGGAGCUCCGCCGCUCCAUCCAAAACACCAAAGAAGAAAAUGCCUGUUUUUAGCUUAUUAGCUAAAGCGCUUCAUCUCUAAACGCGUUUAAUCUGCCGCUCGCUUUAAAAUCGCACAUUAUUUUGGGAUAUAAUCGUGCACAAAGAUCCAUAUUCAGGAAUAAAGGAGAAGAUAAAGGUAGAGCAGCCAUGCAGAUCACACUGAAGACUUUGCAACAGCAGACCAUUCAAAUAGACAUCGACGAUGAUCAGACGGUGAAGGCACUGAAGGAGAAGAUUGAGGCUGAGAAGGGCAGAGACAGUUUUCCAGUGGCAGGACAGAAGCUCAUCUAUGCCGGAAAAAUCCUGCAGGAUGACACCCCCAUCAAGGAGUACAAAAUUGACGAGAAGAACUUUGUGGUGGUGAUGGUGUCAAAGACAAAGUCGCCACCCACCCCACCCUCAGAGCUGCCCAAAUCCUCUGCUGCACCUUCUUCUUCCUCCUCAUCCUCCUCCUCCCCUCCUCCACUUCCAGCCCCCGCAGCCAUCCCUAUCCCCAAAGACGAGUGCCUGGAUGACCCCCCUGCAUCUGUCUCACCUGCACAGACCCCUGACGGUGGUAGGAGUGUUGUGGCUGAUGGGGAAGAUGCAUCUUCAACUUUGGUGACAGGACAGGAGUAUGAUGCCAUGCUCACUAAUAUCAUGUCUAUGGGCUACGAGCGAGAUAAAGUGGUGGCUGCACUCAAGGCCAGUUACAAUAACCCUCAUCGUGCUGUGGAGUACCUGCUCAAUGGGAUCCCUUCAGUCCCUGUUCAGGAAACCAGCCCUGCCCCAGCCCAAAUCACCACUGACACACCCUCCACAGAAGGUGAGAAUCCUCUGGAGUUCCUGCGUUCACAGCCGCAGUUUCAGAGUAUGAGGCAGGUGAUUCAGCAGAACCCGUCCUUACUGCCGGCCCUCUUACAGCAGCUGGGUCAGGAGAACCCAGAACUACUGCAGCAAAUCAGCCAGCAUCAGGAGCUGUUCAUCCAGAUGUUGAACGCACCGGUGGGUGAAGGGGAGGGCGGAGAGGGUGGGGAGUUCGCUGACCUGGGUGCUGUGGCUGAUGAAGGAACACCCGGCAGUUACAUCCAAGUGACACAACAGGAGAAAGAAGCCAUUGAGAGGUUAAAAGCUCUUGGUUUUUCCGAAGCCCUGGUGGUCCAGGCGUACUUCGCCUGCGAGAAGAACGAGAAUCUGGCGGCCAACUUCCUGCUCAAUCAGAAUUUCGAGGACGAAUGAGAGUCGUGGAACGCCUGCGUGCCCCUUCCCCUCCACCACACAUGCACUGCAUCUACUCGGGACACCAGUUUUCCCCAUUAUUUCUUUGUGUUUAUAAGUCAAGGGGAGACUCGCAGACUGGGUGGGAAUGGGGCGGAUGUAUUUCAAUGAAAAAAUUCCAAUGGAAUUGAUGGCAUUUGGAUUGAAUGCACUCGAGCAUGUUGAAGGGGUGUGCUUGCACGUGAAUGUGUGUUAUGUGUGUGUGUUUCCUUAGGGAAUAUUUGACUAAAUCGGCAUCAAUUGAAAGUAAACGCUCUCCUAGUCAUAUUAUGGGAUAUGAUGAGCAAGGUUAGAUGUGCAUAUAAGAAUCGCUUGUUUGUUUUUAUUUUGGAGAAGGAUUAAUAAUAAAUGUCUAAAGGAGAAUUUUAUAAAUUUCUCUAAUAUCAGAGAUAUUUCUGUAUUUCUCCCUGCACACACUUCAGAUGAAUGUGACAACAGCAUUAAAACAGGAUAUAAGAUAGUCCAAAUAAUAUCAGUUUUAAACUCGGUCUCUAACAGUGUUUCUAUAAGGUGAUGAUUCUGAGUGACACAUUUGUUAAUGAACUUCAUAACCUGAGUGACGAUCGGUGGUUUGAAUGUAUACAAGUUUUUGUUUGAUAACCCCACCUGUCCCAUUCAAAGGUGAAGUGUGUAAUUUUAAUGCAACAAUUGGCAUAAACAAAAUUACAAUGAAUUUGAUUGGACCAGACAGUGAGUUUGAGGCCUGUUUGCCCAACCGGUGGAAGAUGGGACAGUGUUUAAAACUUUUUUUGAACAGUCGUUAUUUUUGCAGUUUCGUUUGGUGACAGAAAUUAUGCACACUUCCUUUUUAAGCUCCUUAUUUAUUAUCCUUUAAAAAAAAAAAAAAAAAGACAUAUAAAGCAUACUUUCCAUCAUCUCAUCUUGUCACUUGGAGCAAAACAUUUAACUUUAAAAAGAUCGUAAGUAUAAAUGACAGUAAGUUUCAUUUAGGGAGGUUAAUUUUCCUUAGACAUUUGAUAGAUUCGCUUAAUUUCCCUGUAUAAGAGGACCAACUUGUACCAAUACAGCAAAGAAGAGCUUGCUUGCAUUGCAGAGGCAAAAAUCAGAGGCCUGUUACAGCAACAUGUAGUUUGAAACUUUUUGUGCUGCCAGAUUGCAAAGAUUUUUUGAAGCAUAUUUAUGUAAAGCUGACAAUGAGUUCCUCUUAUUAUGUAUUAAGAGCACAGUGAAGUCUAUUUGAGAGUUCAAGAGCUUCAAUACAGUUGGAUCAACCACCUUUUUAGCAGGUUCACUGGAUCCAGAAACCUUUAACAUUGAGAGCGUUUACAUGCACACCAAUAUGCUAAUAAAUACUAAUAGAUGGCUCAUUUAGAAAAUCCAACAACGUAAGAAUUGCAUUUACAUCAGACUUGUACCCGUGUCAGUUGAUUUAGGUUUAAACUGUUUAUGCAGAUAAAGGGAAUGCUACUUAUGCCGUGUACAUAACCACACAAGUUGACGGCUUAUUCAUCAAUGUGAAAUUAUGCAUGUAAACGCACUCAUUGUCGUCCUAAAGGUUCAACGCAAAGGACUGCUCCUUUAUGCAGUCUCCAAAUUGCCAGACACAAGAUUUUGUUUACAUAUCUGCAGGCCUAGAUGGAAUCUGUGGACUUUUUGUUGCAUUUUCUGCAUUUGAGGAAUGGUUUUAAAUAUGGUCAAAUUUAAGAGUAUUACACUUGUAUUGGUAGCUGAACCCAAUAUUGAACCCCAAAUAUUUAAUAAACUUACAUGGUCCAGAAUGUGUAGAACUUUGAAUGAUGGGCAUUCCAGUUGUGUGGAAAUUCCAUGUGGGCCUGCUUCUUAAUUUGUUGUAUAAUUUACUGUAAUGCCUGACCUAUUGGGAUCAAUAAAGUCUAAUUGACAGAUUGAAGUCGUGGUGAUGUCACCGUCCAUUA